AUGGCUCUCCGUCAGCGAAGGCUUAAUGGUUCCUCCCCUCCUCCUCCCCCCCCACUUCCAGGACGAAUGGUACAGCCGGAGAAAGAGCGACACUCGAACUCCCGUGAGGAGGAGGAGCCUCCGACUCCCCUUAACACCUUCCGCGCCAGCUGCGGCUCUCCCUCUCUUACAACAGCCCUUCGCAUUUCAAGCGCCCUGGGGUGCGUCGUCGGGUUGGGUGGAAGGCGCGAGGAGGACGACGAGAGCGGCCAGCGGAAGGUCUCCCUUUCGAGGCGGGGAUCCGAAGCAUCCGCCGACGGGAGGCGGCGGCUGCCCGUCGGUGUUCUCCCCGCCCUGGCUGAUGUGGACUUUAGGAGCCCGCAAGGCGCCCGGAGCGACUGGCGAGCCGUCCGAGUUGUAUGGCUGGCGGAAGGCGAGGGGCUGGGAGAGGAGCGCCUAGCGUCGCAGGAGGAGGAGGAGGCGGCGGCUGAGGUGCCAAGCCAGCGGGGGAGAAGGGGGCUUCUCCUUGCGCGCAGGGCACCGGGCUCUUCUCCCGUGAUGUGGAGACUGAGCGUGUGGUGGCUCCUGAGCAGGGUGUGCCUUUUGCUGCUGCCGCCCUGCGCCCUGGUGCUGGCCAGGGUGCCCGUUUCCUCCUGCCACCCGCAGCCCUGCCAAAUCCUCAAGCGGAUCGGGCACACGGUGAGGAUCGGCGCGGCGCACCUGCAGCCCUGGGCUGCCACUUCCCCCGCCGGCGCGGACGCCUGGGGACCAGGACCUCACCAUGGCAUUGCGCUCGGAAGAGAAGGAGGGCGAGAGGCGGCAGCCGGACCCCAAGCCGAGCCGCAGGCGCCUAGGGCGGCCGAGUGGAAGGGGUCCGGAGGGUCUCCAGGGAGGUGGCGAGCGGCAACCGGCUUGAGGAGCAGGGCACACUUGGGCAACGGGAGUGGCGACGAGGGUCUCCCUCCGCUGCUGCCCCGGGAGGCGCUGCUGUCGGCGGUGGAGACCCUCAACCGUGUCAAAGGGCUUCUGCCUUACAACCUGUCCCUGGAGGUCGUGAUGGCCAUCGAAGCGGGGCUGGGCGAUCUACCUCUCUUCCCCUUCUCCUCGCCCAGCGCCUCGUGGAGCAACGACCCGGUCUCCUUCCUGCAAAGCAUCUGCCACACCGUCGUGGUGCAAGGGGUCUCGGCCAUCCUCGCCUUCCCGCAGAGCAGAAGCGAGAUGCUGGAGAUGGACUUCGUCGCCACCGCGCUGCACAUCCCCGUGAUCAGCAUCGUGCUCAACGAGUUCCCUAGAAAGAGCCUGAAUCCCCUUCACCUGCAGUUGAGCUUAGAACGCUCAUUAAGUUUUGACGCUGAUGUCACUUUCUCCAUCUUGGCCUUGAACAACUGGUAUAACUUUAGCUUGAUGGUGUGCCAGGAAGAGUGGAACAUCACAGAUUUUCUCUUCCUCACACAGCAGAGCUCCAAGUUUCAUUUGGGAUCCAUUAUAAAUAUCACAGGGAACCUCACGUCAACCAGCAACCUCUUGACUUACUUGCAAGUUCAUCUGGAGAACAUCAAGGACACAACGUCAACGGUGGUGAUGUUUGGCUGCGACAUGGAAAGCACAAGGAGGAUUUUUGAAAUUACCACCCAAUUUGGGGUGAUGCCUCCUGAUCUCCACUGGAUUCUUGGAGAUUCGCACAACGUGGAAGAGCUGAGGACAGAAGGCUUGCCGUUGGGUCUCAUAGCUCACGGGAAAACAACACAGUCUUUUUUUGAAGACUACAUACAGGAUGCAAUGGAGCUUGUAGCUAGAGCUGUUGCUUCCGCUACAAUGAUCCAACCAGAACUGGCGCUUAUUCCAAGUACAACCAAUUGCUUGAACACGGAGAGAAAAAAUCUCACUUCGGGCCAGUAUUUAUCAAAGUUUUUAGCCAAUACGACUUUUCACGGGCUCAGUGGCCACAUUAAAGUGAAAGGCUCCUCCAUCAUCAGUUCGGAAAACAACUUUUUCAUUUGGAAUCUGCAGCACGAUCCGGUAGGGAACCCAAUGUGGACUCGUUUGGGGAGCUGGCAAGAAGGAAAGAUCAUAAUGGAUUACGGGAUCUGGCCAGAGCAGGCCCAGAGGCACAAGAAUCACAACCAGCAUCCCACCCGGUUGCACCUGAGGGUGGUGACCCUCAUUGAGCAUCCCUUCGUGUUCACAAGGGCUGUGGAUGAUGAAGGACUGUGUCCAGCGGGACAGCUCUGCUUGGACCCCUUGACCAAUGAUUCAGCAGUGCUGGAUGCCCUCUUCGAAAGCCUCCAAGGGGGCAACGACACGGUGCCCACAGAGCUGAAGAAAUGCUGCUAUGGCUACACUAUAGAUUUGCUGGAAAAAUUAGCGGAGGAUAUGAACUUCGAUUUCGACCUGUACAUUGUCGGCGAUGGGAAAUAUGGGGCUCUGAAGAACGGUCAGUGGACAGGGCUUGUAGGCGACCUCCUGGCUGGGACCGCCCACAUGGCUGUGACAUCGUUCAGCAUCAACACAGCCCGUAGCCAAGUGAUCGAUUUCACCAGCCCAUUCUUUUCCACCAGCUUGGGCAUUCUGGUGAGAACCAAAGACACCGCGGCUCCUAUUGGAGCUUUUAUGUGGCCGCUCCACUGGACCAUGUGGUUGGGGAUUUUUGUGGCGCUGCAUAUCACUGCAAUCUUCCUCACCCUGUAUGAAUGGAAAAGCCCCUUUGGGAUGACCCCCAAGGGAAGAAACAGGGAUAAAGUUUUCUCCUUCUCCUCUGCCUUGAACGUCUGUUAUGCCAUCUUGUUUGGUAGAACAGCUGCCAUCAAACCCCCCAAGUGCUGGACUGGAAGGUUUCUCAUGAACCUCUGGGCCAUUUUUUGUUUAUUUUGUCUGUCGACGUACACAGCUAAUCUGGCUGCUGUCAUGGUGGGAGAGAAAAUCUACGAAGAACUGUCUGGAAUCCAUGAUCCAAAACUGCACCACCCUUCACAAGGGUUUCGCUUUGGAACUGUGCGAGAAAGCAGCGCAGAAGAUUAUUUCAAGCAAAGCUUUCCAGACAUGCACGAGUACAUGAAAAGAUUCAAUGUGCCUGCAACUCCCGAUGGAGUGGAAUACCUGAAGCAUGAUCCAGAGAAACUAGAUGCCUUCAUCAUGGACAAAGCGCUCCUGGAUUAUGAAGUGUCAAUAGAUGCCGACUGCAAACUUUUAACAGUGGGGAAACCAUUUGCUAUUGAAGGGUAUGGUAUUGGCCUUCCUCCAAACUCUCCACUAACCUCAAAUAUUUCUGAACUGAUAAGCCAGUAUAAGUCCCACGGCUUCAUGGAUGUCUUGCAUGACAAGUGGUACAAGGUUGUACCGUGUGGGAAAAGAAGCUUUGCUGUGACAGAGGUAAGAGACGUUUUGUAGUUACCCAA